AUGGUCCUGCAAGAUUUAGGGCGGCGCAUCAAUGCUGCCGUCAAUGACUUGACGAGAUCCAACAACCUUGACGAGAAGGCAUUUGAUGAAAUGCUCAAAGAGAUCUGUGCUGCACUUCUAUCCGCCGAUGUGAAUGUGCGCCUCGUUCAAUCGCUUCGUAAAUCCAUCAAAUCGAGUGUCAACUUUGCUACUAUCCCCGCCGCUACCAACAAGAAGCGCCUAAUCCAGAAAACUGUCUUUGACGAGCUGGUGAAAUUGGUCGACCCUCAUGCAGAGCCCUUCCGCCCCAAGAAAGGCCGCCCUAAUGUCAUCAUGUUCGUCGGUUUGCAGGGUGCCGGUAAAACCACCACCUGUACUAAGCUGGCUCGACACUACCAGAUGCGCGGCUUCAAGACCGCUUUGGUCUGCGCGGAUACUUUCCGAGCUGGUGCUUUCGAUCAGCUGAAACAGAAUGCUACCAAGGCCAAGAUCCCAUACUAUGGUAGCUUGACACAGACCGACCCCGCGGUCGUGGCUGCGGAGGGUGUUGCCAAGUUCAAGAAGGAGCGCUUUGAUAUCAUCAUCGUCGAUACCAGUGGUCGUCACAGACAGGAAGAGGAGUUGUUCACCGAGAUGACCCAAAUCCAGGAAGCUGUCACCCCUGACCAGACCAUCAUGGUUUUGGACAGCACAAUCGGUCAAGCCGCUGAAGCCCAAUCAUCAGCUUUCAAAGCCACUGCCGACUUCGGAGCCAUUAUCAUCACCAAGACCGACGGUCAUGCUGCCGGUGGUGGUGCCAUUUCUGCCGUUGCUGCCACAAAUACUCCAAUUAUCUUCCUGGGAACAGGUGAACACAUGAUGGAUCUAGAGCGCUUUGAGCCACGUGCCUUUGUCCAGAAGCUAUUGGGCAUGGGUGACAUCACUGGCCUGUUCGAGCACGUGCAAGCCGUUACCAAGGACUCUGCAGCAGCCAAGGAAACCUACAAGCACAUUGCUGAGGGUAUCUACACACUUCGGGAUUUCCGUGAGAACAUUACCUCCAUUAUGAAGAUGGGUCCGUUAUCUAAGCUUUCUGGCAUGAUUCCUGGUCUAUCAAACUUGACUCAGGGUCUAGACGAUGAGGAUGGCUCCUUGAAGCUACGCCGCAUGGUAUACAUCUUCGACAGCAUGACUGUUGCUGAAAUGGACAGUGAUGGCAAGAUCUUUGUCGAGAAACCUAGCAGAAUGGUUAGGAUAGCCCACGGAUCCGGCACAACAGUUAGAGAGGUUGAGGACUUACUUUCCCAACACAGGAUGAUGGCUGGCAUGGCAAAGAAGAUGGGCAAACUCAACCAGAACAACAAACGAGCUCAGAAUAUGGCCAAAGGUGGAAACAGCCAGCAACAAAUGGCAGCUAUGCAAAAGAAGAUGGCUUCUCUAGGUCAGGGCGGUGGUAUGCCUGGAAUGGGCGAUAUGGGCAAGAUGAUGCAACAAAUGAUGGGCGGUGGAGGUGGAGGUGGAAUGCCUGACAUGAGCCAAAUAAUGCAGAUGAUGGGCGGUGGUGGUGCGGGAGGUGGUGGAAUGCCAGAUAUGAGCUCGUUGAUGAAGAUGAUGGGUGGUGGUGGUGGACCUGGACGCUAA